ACAGGAGGGAGCUGCAGAAGGUUUCCCUUCUGUCAUUACCAAUAAACAUCCUCAUCUGCUCUUCUUUCCCCGCUCCAUUUCCUUCCUUUCAUCUAUCCUCUCAGCAUCGAGUAUCUUGGUCAACCAUCAACAUCCAUCUACCAAGAAUCUGACCACCGCCCGUCAUGUUAUCAUCUUUCUUCGGGACCGGUCGUUCUGUACUCCAGCCCAAGACUCCCUCCCGGCAAGCUAACGAUGACAACCGCGCCAUUCUCUUCAAGGGCCCGGACCGUAACGUCCAACGCCUCACGUCCCACGGUGGAAUAAACGCCCACAAGACCAGUCAGCAGCCCAAGUGUCCCCUGGUUGUCGUUCAAGGCUAUAACUCGGUCCCGUCUAAUCAGUACUACCCCCCGCUGAACCAAGAAUUGUGUUUUGGUCCUUGCGGCGCAGGGCUACACUUCCAGAAUGAAGACGUUGAUAUCCCCACCGACGAAGGCAAGCUCCAGCAGUCGCCCCCAACACUCAUGAAUCGAUUCAAGUACUCCAUGGAAUCCUUCCAUUACCCCGUCCACGUCUGCCGAGAGCCCACAAUGUUUUACGUGGAUAUUGAGAGGAACGUGGAGUGGCACAUCCAACUCCGCCACUACUUUUUCGACCUAGACCAACAGCUUCAAGAGCUCGAGCACUUUCUCUCCUCAUCCUCUUCUGCCAAUAUCGGCAACAUGGACGAUAACACGAACCUCACAGACACCGCCGCCCUAGCAAACUGGACCACUUACGAAACCGCCACCACCAAAGCCGGAUUAGGCUUAUGCUUCCCCGUAACCCGCAGCACGAACCUAGAACAGUUCCCCAACCUCCGAUACUGCCAGCGGAGUGUGUUCUCGCAGCAGAGCAUCAAGGGGCAGCUGACGGGUCGCUGGCUUAUAGUCGCUUACGCUUUUGCAUCUACGUACGAAGCCGCUCGGAAGCUGGACGUCAAAGCCCUGUUAUCAUCGGGCUGCUCCAGCACCGUGAGUGCUGCCCAUGGUACGGGCUCAUGCUCAGGUACAAGUUCAAGAACCCACUACAACACUGACACUAUGCUGGCUCUCUUUGCCAGGUCCUGGGACCCACACAGCUGCAUUCGUAGCGGUAACGGUCCAGCGCCCGGCCAAUUUUAUCAGCUUGAGCGGAGAAAGAAGAUGGCAUCCGAGUAUUACAUCUAUCGGUAUGGCGGUGGCGGCGGCAUAACAAUCACAACAACAACCACAACAACAACAACCUCCUCAACGGCCUCAACUCCUACCGUUGUGGAAACCGAAGACAAGGCUGCUGACACCACUAUUACUUCCUCAACUAUGACCACAAAUAGCGGCAACGCGGAAGAAGAAACGGACAUGUUCCCUACCGUCUACUACGACCCCUACCAGAGAAAACGGAGAUCACACGCACGAUUCUGGGCCGAUGCUGCCCCUAUCGGACUACCUAUCCCCCAGGAACUCGAGGACCGCUGCCAUCUCAUUGAUCGGCUGUGGCCGGCUUUGAUGACGGGCCAGUACACACCUCCAAAGGCGAUGACGGAUCCUGACGAUCUUGAGUGGGAUUGGACCGACGAUUGGCCCAUUACUUCUACCGAGUGA